AUGGAGAAGAUGAUGCUGAUGAGAUCGCUGUGCCGCUCAAUCAUCCGCCGAUCUCAACAUUUUUCCUCCGCCGGCGCCGCCGUUAACUGCCGUAUCCGCCACCUCCAUUUCUCUCCCCCGUCGCUUCCCGCAUCCUCUCGUAAUCGACAUGUCAUGCAUCCUUUUGCAAUGUGUCCUGGGAACACUCGGUUUUUCAGUGAAGAUGUUACGCAUAUGCCUGUUAUAAAAGAUCAGGAGAUUGAGCGUGCUUUUAAAGACUUAAUGGCCACAAAUUGGGAUGAGCUUUCACCAGCAAUCGUCUAUGACGUUAAAAAUGCAUUGUCAAAGAACACGGAAGACAAAGCUGCUCAGGAUGUUCUUAAAAAUGUUUUUCGGGCAGCCGAGGCAGUUGAGGAAUUUACUGGGGUUAUCAUGUCACUGAAAAUGGAAUUGGACGAUGUCAUUGGCCUUAGUGGCGAGAAUGUGAAACCGCUGACCGAAGAAUAUUCAAAGGCAUUGCAGACUAUUUUCGAUAGAUAUGCGGUGUAUCUAGCUGCGUUUGGACCUGAAGAGACUUAUUUGAAGAAGAAAGUGGAAACGGAGUUGGGAACAAAAAUGAUAUACUUGAAAAUGAGGUGUGGGGGCCUUGAUGCUGAGUGGGGGAAGGUCACGGUUCUUGCAACUUCUGGACUUUCUGGUUCUUAUGUUGAGAAAAGAGCAUAA